AAAAAAAAAUUUUGAUUACAAAUUACUAGUGAGAAGUGAAUUAACAGACAACAUACAUUUUUUUUAAAAAUUUUCGCUAAUUUUGUUAUGCCAGGAUUUUUUUAAUUUUUAAACUAAGAUCUGUAGUGCGUAGGAGAGUAUGCAAUGAGAGGUGGUUGUUUUUGGAUGGAAAACAUGAGUUCAAUAAGUUGCGUACAAGGUAAUAGUGGACUCAUUGGUGGUGGAGGUGGAAUAUCACAUCUUCAUACAACAACAACGGCGACAACAGGAGUAACAGCAGCGGCAGCAAUAUCACCAACAUUUGGAGGCGGCAGUUACAGUACAGAACCACUAGCGUCGGUACGUCCAUUGAUCACAACAGCUACACCACAAUCACCCGCCCAAGGGUGGCAUAGUCAUCCCGUUACUACAAUUCCUUCAAUGAAAGAAGAAAUUAUCGAACGCGAUGAACGUAUAGGCAAUGAUUCGGGUAUUUCAUCCGCAUACACACCGGGAAGUGAUGGUUUCCAUUCCUCUUCACCAGAAGGCAGUGACCAUAACAGUCGCGAUUCUGAACCAGUACCAAUAUACUCAUUAAACGGUACACUAGAUCCAUCUACACCAAUCAAUUUUUACAACAGUACUCCCGUAACGAACACAGGAACAAAUUUCCCAAAUAACAUGCAACUAUAUCAACAUGCGUACAAUAAUUUACAUUACGAUAAUACUGUAUCAACAAAUUUAAUGGACACAAAAAUUCCUCUUAAAUCAAAUAACAAUAACAAUAUCCCAGAUAAACAUGUUGAAUCCUUACACGCGGAUAUUCAAUCACCGGUUCAUUCCGAAAGUGAUGACAGUGAACAGUAUUACAAACACGGCGAUGGUGAUGAUUCAUCAUUACAUCGGCUUGAAAUCGCUAUGGGACGUAAUGAUUUACUAUCAGGUAAUGCAUCACCCAAAGGAAGUGAACACAAUUCAUUGGAAGAUGAUAAAUCUGAUUACGAGGGUGAAGAAGACGAGGCAAGUUUAAGUACACCACGUGUAAAUUCACACGGCAAAGUGAAAAUAUUCAAAUGUAAACAGUGUGAAUUUGUUGCUGUAACAAAAUUAGAUUUUUGGGAGCAUACUCGUAGCCACAUAAAAGUUGAGAAAUUAUUAACUUGCCCGAAAUGCCCAUUUGUCACCGAAUACAAACAUCAUUUAGAAUAUCAUUUACGUAAUCACUUUGGAUCGAAACCGUUUAAAUGCGAUAAAUGUAAUUAUUCGUGCGUGAACAAAUCUAUGUUAAAUUCGCAUUUGAAAUCACAUUCAAAUAUAUACCAGUAUCGUUGUUCAGAUUGUGCUUACGCCACCAAAUACUGCCAUUCGUUAAAAUUACAUUUACGUAAAUACAAUCAUAAGCCAGCAAUGGUACUGAAUCCAGAUGGAUCACCGAAUCCAUUACCGAUCAUUGAUGUAUACGGAACACGGCGAGGACCCAAACAACGUGGAGGAUCCAAAGGUGAUGAUAGUAAUUCACAGCCACCACAAUCACCACCUCUCAAUCCACCACACCAAUCACCCCAACAGCAAACUACAACUGCGUUACAACAUUCAAUGUUUCCAACACAUUUUAUGUUCCCACCAAAUCAAUCACCAGUUACGGUUCCGCCACACUUUUCCUUUGGUCAAUUGUUAACAGCAUUUCAAGGAAAUAUUCCAAAUCCAUUAAUGUUCCCACAAAAUAACAAUAAUAAUGACAAACCAGAAAUGAUUAUGGAAACAACGCCAUCUCCAAUUAUUUCUGCUGUAGAAAAACCACAAACACCACCAUUGUUUGCUUGCAAAGAAUGCGAAUUUACAGCAGAAAGUCAAAAUGACUUAGAUACACACAAGGAUGAAAAUCAUAUUGUACCCAAAGAAGAAAUUAUUGAUCCCGACGAAGAAGUACCAGUUAAUGGUGCUUUAGAUUUGAGCAGUAGACCUACAGAUUCGGAUACAGCAGAUACCGUUCCACCGAUGCCUACAACACCAACAACCACAAAAAAUCGACGGAAAGGUCGUGCCUUUAAGUUGGGUCAUGUAGCACUACAAUUACAACAUGCUACUGGAUCCGACGAUGAAGAUCAAUCAUCUAAAAAGCAAAAAAUCAAUGAUUCUUCAGAAAUUUGUGAUGAAGAAUUAGUUACACUAGAACCUGAACCUGCUACUGUUACUGUUAACACUGCAGCUCCUGUAGAAAAGAAGCAAGAAGAAGAAAUAAAAAAAGAUGCCACAUUUAAUUGUCAAUAUUGUGACAUUGUGUUCAAAGAUGUGGUCAUGUAUACAAUGCACAUGGGUUAUCAUGGAUGGAAAGAUCCAUUCACGUGUAAUAUGUGCGGCGAAGAAACUGAGGACAAAGUUGCGUUUUUCCUUCACAUUGCUAGGACAUCACAUUGUUAAUGAAUGGUAAAAGUAUUCGUGAAAUAAGACUGAACUGUCCCUUUUUAUGUUUCACAAAAAGUUUUUCUUUUUCGAUUUUAAAAAUCUAUGUCACUCUAGUCUA